CUUAUCGUUUUGCCGGCUCAACCGACCGCCAGGACAGCCGUUGACAGGAUGCCCGGAGUUGUCUUCCUAAUCGUUGUGCCGACGGCGAAUUUUGAACGUGAGCUGAUUUACGGUACUUCAAAUAAUGCCCCAGUGGACGCAUCGGCAGGACAUCAUGGCCAUCCUGUGGUCCAGCUCGCCACCGGACCAGGUCCAGGUGGCAAUGGAGGUGGCAACAAUAAUCUGAACAUCAAUCUUCCGGAGAAUAACAACGCAAUACUACGACUCGAAGUUGAAUUACGUGACAAGAAUGUGGCCAAGUAUCGGCGGGGAGGAGGCGGAGGUCCUGGCAUUGGUCAUGUGGGCGGUGCUCCUAAGCGCAAUGGAGCACAAGGACCGGCACUUGGUCCGAGACAGGUCCAGGGAGCACCUGACACCACCACGCUGGCCGGCCCGCUGGACAGCCGUAAUUUAGUGGUGCCGCUUGAAAAGGUACUUGAGGAGUUACUUGUCAAGCUUGAAAUUGAGCACGUUACUUGGACGACCAGCAAGAAAGGUUAUUUCCAUCACGUCGUUUUCCCGCUGCAGGCAGGAGCCGCCUGCGAGACCACCCUGCACUGUCUCACGGAACUGGGCAUUGGCACUAAAUUGAAUUCCAGUGUCAGUGUUCUGCCUUGCAGCGUUAGUUAUGAUGCCAUCACAGAUGCGGCCAACAUGCGAGAUGACUACAGCGAGGAAGCCGAGGAUGCCUCGAAAUGGAACAAUUUUGUGGAAUCAAUUAAAUCGAAAUUAACCGUCAAACAGGUGGUGGACGGAGUCCGGGCCGGAGGAUCACUGUCCUUCGACUAUCUCCUGCUAAUUGUUACCGCCGAUUCUUUGGCAGCCCUUGGUCUGGUUGAGAAUAAUGCUCCGAAUAUAGUGGCAGCCAUGUUAGUUUCCCCACUUAUGGGCCCCGUAAUGUCGAUAACAUUCGGCGCAAUUAUCUCCGACAAAGAACUAAUGAAAGUUGGCUUCCUCUGCCUGGCCCUUGGCAUGUUUAUAUCCCUGCUAUUUGGCUUCAUCUUCGGCCUGAUCCUGGGCACCACCGAGAUGCCAUGGGGCCAGAACUCCGAUUGGCCAACAGAGGAAAUGCGUGGAAGGGGCAAUGUGCGCGCCCUCUGGAUGGGCGUUUUGUGGGCGUUAACAUCUGGCACAGGCGUGGCCGUGGCCUUGCUCCAGGGCUCUGCAGGACCUUUGAUCGGCGUGGCUAUAUCCGCCUCCCUCCUGCCACCGGUUGUCAAUUGUGGUCUCUUCUGGUCACUGGCCUGCAUUUGGCUCAUCUAUCCGGAGAAGCGGAUUCCACACUUGAAGAACGAGGCAAUGAACUCGACCAGUGCGUAUCCCUUCAUCUACACGAACUACUUGCCCACGGAGUUCCUGAUCAAUGGCAUUGUUUCCGCCUGCCUGACCAUUGUGAAUGUGAUUUGCAUAUUCAUCACGGCCAUAAUCGUUCUCAAGAUUAAAGAGGUCUCGGCGCCGUAUACAGCCAGUCCGGACUUAAAACGAUUUUGGGAAACAGAUCUUCGUACUGUUCGAAAAACGAAUCGCUCAACAAUGCGGCAUCCUCGCGCCCGUGGCAGCAUAUUUGGCGGAGGAGGUGGUGCGAGUGGCGGAGCCGGAGGCAGGGACAAGUUCAGCGGUAGCUAUCAGGGAUUAAAUGAACGCGAUGCCCAGAUGGAUACCGCCCUGGAACGAGCUCUAGCCCAGGCUGAGAACGAUGCCACCUUCAAGAAGGUCAAGCGUAUGAGUUACUCCAGCAAUGCUGCCGGUGAGCUCACUGAACGCCUGGCCAGGAUUGCUGGACUCAAUCGCCUCAAGACCGACGGGGAUCCUGGACAAACCAGCUCUGGUUCCGGCAGCCGCAUGAACUCCAUACCCAAUUCCCAACUAAACGUGGACCUCAAGGCACUGGACAAGCUGGUGAGCACUUUGCUGGAACAGCGUUCAACCGGAAGCAAGGCAGCUGGAGCCUUUGGGCCGGAAACGGGCACCCGGACACCGCCACUGCAACGGCUCGCCUCUAAGAAACUGAACAGAUGGCGUCCCCUUUCACGAUCCGCCCAUAGUGUCAAGCACAGGGGUGAUGGUGGCGACAUGAUUGGCGGCAGCUUCACCCAGUUGCUGGAACGGGUGGAUCCUCCGGCCACCUCAAUCAAUCACCCCCAUCCACCCAACAUGCCUACGAUCAUGGAGAGCAGUGCCGGAAGUCCCCCGACUCCGAGUAAUAGCCAAGAGCCACCGCCUCCUUGGACGGCAGCCUUGGAGGCGCCUCAGGGAGCCGAUGACCCUAACCUGACCCACAACUAUGUGGGCUGAGAUACGAGUAUAUUUCACCAAUGAAUAUUGAAAAUAUUUCCAUAUUUUAUGAACAUUUGUGUUGAAAAAUUUUACAAUAUUAAACUGAUAAUAAUUUAUUGAAAA